AUGGGGCUCUGCUACAGCCUGCGCCCGCGGCUCUUCGGCGACGCCGGCGGCUCCAUCUCCAGCGCCGGCGCCGCCUCGGAGCCCGAAGCGCCGACUGAGCCUCACGCCGCCCCGCAGCCGCAGCCCCUCGGCGCCCCUCUCAGGCCCGGCGGUAAGCCCGGCGGGGAGGCGGACGGGCCGCCGCUGCUGCUGCAGAACGGCGGCGGUAACGGGGCGGCCCCCGAACGGCCGUCGUUGCCUAAGGCCGGCGGUCAAGGCGGCAUGGGAAAGGCGGCGAGGCAGCAGGCGCUGCACCAGCCGCCGGCUCUGCAGAGACCCUGGGAGAAGCUGCGCCUGGAGGAGCGGGAGGCGGAGAAGGAGGCGAGGAAAGUCAGCAAGAGCAUCGACCGGGCGCUUAAGGAACAGAAACGGGAGUACAAGCAGACGCACCGCCUGCUGCUGCUUGGGGCUGGUGAGUCAGGAAAAAGCACUAUUGUGAAACAAAUGCGAAUCCUACAUGUCAAUGGAUUUAAUUCAGAAGAAAAGAAACAGAAAAUACUGGAUAUUCGGAAAAAUGUUAAAGAUGCGAUUGUGACUAUAGUUUCAGCUAUGAGCACUUUAAUACCCCCAGUUCCAUUGGCCAACCCAGAAAACCAAUUUCGAAUGGACUACAUCAAGAGUAUAGCUCCGCUUUCUGACUUUGACUAUACACAGGAAUUCUUUGAACACGCAAAGAAGCUCUGGGAUGAUGAAGGUGUAAAGGCAUGCUUUGAGAGGUCAAACGAGUAUCAGCUGAUCGACUGUGCACAGUACUUUUUGGAAAGAAUUGACAGCGUGAGUAUGGAUGACUACACCCCCACAGAUCAGGACCUAUUAAGAUGCAGAGUGUUGACAUCAGGGAUUUUUGAAACAAGAUUUCAAGUAGAUAAAGUAAAUUUCCACAUGUUUGAUGUAGGUGGCCAGAGAGAUGAGAGAAGAAAAUGGAUCCAAUGCUUUAACGAUGUCACAGCUAUCAUCUUCGUUGUGGCUUGCAGCAGCUACAACAUGGUCAUAAGGGAAGACAACAACACAAACAGGCUACGGGAAUCCCUGGACCUUUUCAAAAGUAUCUGGAAUAACAGGUGGUUACGGACCAUUUCUAUCAUUUUGUUCUUGAAUAAACAGGACAUGCUGGCUGAAAAAGUCUUGGCAGGGAAAUCAAAAAUCGAAGAUUACUUUCCUGAAUACGCUCAUUACACUGUACCUGAGGAUGCAACACCAGAUGCAGGAGAAGAUCCCAAAGUCACAAGAGCCAAGUUCUUCAUUCGGGAUGAGUUUCUAAGGAUAAGCACAGCGAGCGGGGACGGCCGGCACUACUGCUACCCACACUUCACCUGCGCUGUGGACACGGAAAACAUCCGCAGGGUGUUCAACGACUGCCGGGACAUCAUUCAGAGGAUGCAUCUCCGCCAGUACGAACUCUUGUGAGGGGGCUCACCGUGGAACCUGUGGUUUUAAAUCUUUCGCUCCUUACUCUUUCUCUUGAUACUACCCAGCACGGG